UAAUAUAAUGGCAAGAUCAAAAAAAUGCACAGAAAAAGAUAUAUCUAUAAUACUCAAUACUGAUUCGGAUAAUGAUAUAGAAGAGUCUACCAAAUGUUAUUCUCAAAGGAAAGAUAUAAGUGAAAAUUCUUCAGAUACUUCAAAUUCUGACAAAAUAUUUAAUAAUAACAAAAGUCUCUUAUUACAAAAAAAUAUUUUACAAAAAAGACAAGUUUCCUUGAAACUUAGAUUGAGACGUUCUACCGAACAAAGCAGCUACAAAAUAGACAGUGAUUCAGAUGAUGAAAAACCAAGAAGAUCAACCAGAAACACAAGACAGUACUUGAAAAGACUACAAGAUGAAAAUCAAAUGCCACAUAAAGGUGCAAGAAUUAUAAAAUUACCCAAGAAAUAUUCAGAUUAUGAUUGUUCAGAUCCACAAACAUCUGUUUUAAGAAAGAAACAAAUUAAUGAUAAAACAAAAGAAACAUUUCUUGUUUCUUUCAAUAAUAAAAAAAAAGAAAAUGGAAAACAUGAAAUUAAAUGUGGUGACUGUAAAGAUAAUGAUUCUGAUAUAGAUUGUGUUUCAUUUGUUUCAAAUACAAGAUCUACAAGAUCAAACAUAAUAUUAAAAAAUAAUAAGCAUCAUGUUAAUUCUGUAGAAAGCAAUGAUGAUGCCCUGCUUAAAAGAACCAGCUCAUCAGAAAGUAUAUUUACAAAUGUAGAAUCUAAGAAAAAUAAAAUACCACUUAAUGAGAAAACUAUAAUAAAUUCUAAGACAAAUACAAUAGAACAUAGUUCACCCCAUAGAGCUCCUACAAAAAGAUUAUCUAAGAUGGAAUAUGCUUCACCUUAUAUUACUCCUAAAAGAAAAUCAGUUACAACAGGAUAUAAUUCACUGAAUGACACCCCUAAAAGACAAAUAAAAAGUAAGAAAAAUAUUCCUAGAAACUUCUUAACUACUUCUGACAAAUGUAGAGCUAUAAUACAUGAAAAUAAAAAUAAAGAAAUUGAUGAAGUGACAAUUAUAUGUGAAAAUACAGAAGAUAUGUCUAUAACAGUCAAACAAAGGAAAAAAAAUAAAAAGAAUGUUACUGAUUCAACAGUAGUGCAAAAUGAUCCAUGUAUUCCAAACUUUCAGACAUUUGUGAAACAUAAUACUUUAACACCAUCUGUCAGAAUGAGAGUUGGAGUUUUAGCUAAACCAACUACACCAUUACAAAAAGCUAGGUCAAGAUUACAUGUCAGUGUAGUUCCCAAAUCAUUGCCUUGCAGAGAGGAAGAGUUUAAUCUUAUUUAUAAAUUUUUAGAAGGUAAAUUAAUGGACAAUAGAGGAGGAUGUAUUUAUAUAAGCGGUGUCCCAGGCACAGGUAAAACUGCAACUGUGAACGAAGUUAUAAAAUGUUUAAAGCAUUCAGUGGAAAAGCGUAUAUUAGAUCAAUUUAAUUUUGUUGAAAUUAAUGGUAUGAAAUUAUCUGAAUCCAGACAAGCAUAUGUACAAAUUUUAAAGCAAUUAUCUGGGAAAGUUUUAACAUGGGAACAGGCAUAUAAUGCACUAGAAAAAAAAUUCAACAGUAAUAUUAAUAGGCCAAUGACAUUACUACUUGUAGAUGAGCUUGAUUUAUUAUGUACAAAGCGGCAGGAUGUAAUAUAUAAUCUUUUGGAUUGGCCAACCAGAGUCUCUGCACAACUAGUAGUUAUUACUAUUGCAAAUACUAUGGAUCUUCCGGAAAGAGUUUUAAUGGGUAGAGUUACAUCGCGAUUAGGCCUUACCCGCGUUAUUUUUCAACCAUAUAAUCAUGAACAACUACAACAGAUUGUAAUAACUAGGAUCAAAGAUACAGAUAUUUUUAAAGGUGAAGCUAUACAAUUAAUUGCACGUAAGGUAUCUGCGGUAUCAGGAGACGCUCGCCGUGCUUUAGACAUAUGUCGUCGAGCAGCAGAAAUCACUGAAACACAUGGAAGAGCUACAGUAUGCAUGGAAGACGUAAAUCAAGCUUUGUCAGAGAUGAUAGCGAACCCAAAGGUUCAAGCCAUAAAAUAUUGUUCAAAGAUGGAACAAAUAUUUUUACAAGCUGUAUGCGUAGAAGUUACACGAAUUGGUGUCGAAGAAGUCUGUUUCAAGAACGUCUACAAACAAUUUGAAUCUUUAUGUUGUUUUGAUGGUUUCCAAACACCUAAUAUCACCGAGACUCUUGGUAUUUGUGACAGAUUGAAUAGUAAUAGAUUGUUAAUAUGCGAAGAUUCAUCAAAUUAUAUGUAUCAAAGAAUGCUAUUAAACAUAUCAAAAGAUGACAUAUAUUACGCGUUAAAAUAAAGUUUUAAUUAACAGUAUGUACAAUGUCAAGGUCUAAAAAUGAAUAUUUAUAAUA